UAAAUUCAUAUGGACCACAAUAUUAGCAAAUAGCGAUUGAUAUUUUUGUGUAGUUCUGUGUUUCAGACAAGAUGGCAUCCGUAGCGAAUGCUGAAGAACUUGAUGCUGUGACAUGUUCUGUGUGUAAAGAUGUGUACAAAAAUCCCGUGAAAAUAUCCUGCGAUCACACAUUCUGUGAAGACUGUAUCAAUAGGACAUGGGGAACGAAUGGUAAUCAAAAUUGCCCUGUCUGUCGCAAACCUGCAGAUGGCAUAAAAGACGCUGAUUUUGAUAUGAUCCAGAAGAUGACUGUACUAUCCAUCGCUUGCCGAAAAUGCAAGAAAAAAGUGAUUUUGUCCGAGUUCAGACGUCAUGAAAGGGUCUGUGGAACUGCCACAAGUUUUGCUGGACCUUCAACUAGUCUUGGUUUGGGAGAUCGAACUGGAGCUAAUAUCUACACCUUUCCUUGUCCCUACUGUCCCAACAAAAAUCUGGACAGAGAAGAUUUAUUACGUCAUGUUCUGGGCUUACACAAGGACGACCAACCGAACGUGGUGUGUCCAAUUUGCAAAGUGAUGCCCUGGGGUAACCCAGAACAACAGAGUGGCAACUUUUUUGAUCACAUCAAAUUGCGACAUCGUUUUGACUACGAUCGAUUUGUGGACUUGAACCAAGAUGAGGACACUGCCUUGAAGAAUACCCUGGUAUUGAGCAUGGACCAACACUGAUUCUGACGUGGUGGGAAU